AUGCAUUUUAUAUUUUGUAUAUUUUUAUUAUCCUCAGUAAAAGCAGAAAAUUCACUAGAAUUCGAGAGAACUAUCGUUGGUCCUUUAUUUUCAAACUUUACACAGAAAAAUUUUUGCCAAACAACAGAAUGUAACGUCGUUCGAAUAAAAUGCCCACUGAAAUCAACAUCGAUAACUUGGAAGUUUCGGCACAUUGUGGCGAUUACAAGGGAAAGAGCUCCAGUUUGGGUGGAGUUUGAAGCGAAAAAGGCUUGUAAUCAUACGUAUUUACGGCAGUGCGAGAAUUGCAGAGAAUACUGUUUUUGGUCGCCCAAGGAAAUUGAAAUACAGAAUUAUUACGCCUUGAAAGACGAUGGGCUUUACAAAUGCUCUGAUGGACUCGAAGAAGCUACCGGUCACUUGAACUUCAUCAAUCCUAAGUGCGGAUCAAUGUGCGUAGCUGCAACGACGAUUGUUUUGCUGUUUAGUUUCGCGAUUGUCGCUGGAUUAACGUUUCCCUUCAUUUUUUCAAAGGCGACAACGAACGUUGGAACUUGUGAUAAUCCGCGAAGAGUUACCAAUUCAAGAGACGAGUCAUGA